GGUCUCUGUAGUGGUAUGCUUAUACACAAUAUUUCUUUGAACAGUGAUCGUACCACUAAAGGAACAAAGAGAAGAUGAUGAAGGGUUUAGCUGAAGCAGCCAUCAUCAAAACAUGAAAUGCAACAAUCUGUGAUAUGGUCGGGCAUCGUUAGUCGUUGCUCGCCUUAAACUCGCUAUUUGACUUGUACUCAACUUGAAAAAUCAAUUUCAAGUACUCGGUGUUAUCAAAGACAAGUAAUAAAUCGAUGAAUUUUUUUAGUUACAAGAUCAAGUCAAAUAUCAAGUACGUAUUAUUGUAUUUUUAAUACUUGACUUGUUACUUGUCCCGUUAGUUGCUAUUUGUUACAUGUUCUAUUAAAUACUUAUUAUUCCAUCCGUUUUAGUUUAGUUGUCGUUGUAGUUGUAGAGUAAAAUUUUCGUUUCAAAAUAAAUAUCGUUUUAUAACUUUAAUGCAAAAUUUAUUGACAAUCUAUUUUACUAUUGGUUGAAAUGUGAUUAUGUGUAUUGGUAAUGAUGUUUUUAUUUAAUAAAUAUCUAAAUUUUAAAUCUAUGUACUCAAGUUUAAAACGACAAAUAAAAUAAAACAGAACGAGUACUACUUGCUAAUAAUACUUGUUUUUUUUUUCCUUUCUUUUACUUGCAAUUAAGGUUGGGAACAAAUACUCCUUACUCGUCUAAUACUUGUUGCUUGUUCUGUAUCCGUCUUGAUUUUUCAAAUACUCAUCAUCACAAAUCGAGUAUAGCCGAUAAAAAAUUGUCAGCAGAAUGGCUAAGAAUGUGGAGGAAAAGUCAAAGUGUGUCUGGAUGUGAUAUGAAUCAUGUCAGUCUUUCUUUCUGCCUUAGUCAAAUUCUCAUUUUUUGGAACUGAUACCAUAUGCAUAUGAUAACUUUGAAAAUCACAAACGGAAAGCGCGUCUAUCAGAAUAGGAAAUAGAAUCAUUUAAGGAAAGCCAGGAAAAGAUGAGAAACGCUGGCUUUGAACGUUAUGAGAGAAUGGAUAUUUGAAAAAAGGAAAGAAAAGAAAUGGGGACCUUACAGAAAAAAAAGUUGUCUUAUGUGUACAGCUAAGGGAAGAUUCAACAGACAAUAAGGAAAGAAAGAGAACCAUGUGACUCUCCAUGUCCCUGUUAAUGGAAAGAAAGAGCGCAAAAUAGAAGGGAAUAUGUAAAUUUAUGUUAGAAAAUUAAAGGGCCGGAUUAAAGGCACAAUCACUCUCUUUUUUUGGCCUCCUUGGACUUUGGUCUCCUCCUAGUACAAUCUAAUUUACAGGUUGUCAGAGACACACAAGAUAAAAAAACCAGAUUCAAAGUCUAUCUAAGAGCAAACUUAAUUCAGAAUAGAGAAUAUGGAGUCGGUGAGCAAUGAAGAGGGAAGGAGUGAUCAGUUUCCGGUGGGGAUGAGGGUCCUUGCUGUGGAUGACAAUCCAACCUGCCUCCGGAAACUUGAAGAGUUACUGCUUCGAUGCAAGUAUCAUGUGACAAAGACGAUGGAGUCAAAGAAAGCUUUGGAAAUGCUGAGAGAGAAGAGCAACAUGUUUGAUUUGGUGAUAAGCGAUGUGGAGAUGCCUGAUACAGAUGGCUUUAAGUUGCUUGAGAUUGGUCUUGAAAUGGACCUUCCUGUCAUCAUGUUGUCAGCGCAUAGUGACUACGACAGCGUUAUGAAAGGGAUAAUCCACGGCGCGUGUGAUUAUCUUGUCAAACCCGUUAGCCUCAAGGAGCUUCGGAACAUAUGGCAGCAUGUUGUGAAGAAGAACAUUGGCUCAUACAAAAAAAUCAUCGCCCCCUCUCGCCACCUACUCCCUACUUCUGAGUACGCCCCAAGAGGCAGCGGGAAACGGAAAGAGAAGGCUGAUGACAGCGGUGAUGGAGAUGAUGACAGUGACAGAGACGAUGAAGAAGAUGGGAGUGAGCAAGAUGGAGAUGAGUCAUCCAGCAGGAAGAAGCGUCGUGUUGUUUGGUCACAGGAGCUUCACCAGAAGUUUGUCCAUGCCGUUCAGCAAUUGGGCCUUGACAAAGCUGUUCCCAAAAAGAUACUUGAUUACAUGAACAUAGAAGGUCUCACGAGGGAAAACGUAGCCAGCCAUUUACAGAAGUACAGACUCUACUUGAAAAAGCUAGACGAAGGUCAGCAGCAUAACAUGUCUCAAGAUGCAUUUGGGUCAAGAGACUCAUCUUACUUUCACAUGGCUCAGCUUGAAGGACUAAGAGACUAUUCUUCCACAAGACAACUCUCAAGCUCAUCCCUCUUAACCCGCUCCAGUCUCACCAAGUUCCAUCCCUCCGUGUAUUCAUCGGUAAACCUUCAAGGAUCUAACUCCUCUAGCUUCAUCCCACCGGGGCAUCAUCAGAGCUCAAGCAGCUCAGCUAAUCCAUUCGGAACAUAUCACAGUCCUCUCUUGGCAAGAUCUCAGAACGUGAAUCUCUCUCCGCUAGAGCCACUCCAGUUUCCUAGAAGCAAGUGUUCUCCAUACAUGGGGGACUUUAAAGGCAUAGCGGACCGAGGAAUCGGCAGCAGCUUCCUUGAUUCUCGGAUGUCAUUUGGCAGCUCUAGCACCUCUUUGCCUUGUGCUACAAGCAACAAUCUGAUGCUGCAAGAGAACUUUGGGGUCUCUGAUGGAAACCAGUCUUGCCUCAAUGGCUUAUCUAGUUUCCCUAGUCAUCAUAGCUGGCAAGGGAAUCUGAAAACAACAACUAGAUUCCCAUCACACUCUUUACCGCUGAAUCAUGCCUUUGGUCAAGAUCAAAUGACAUGUGGAGGGACCGGUCUAGGAGAUUAUAACACCUCAUUGGUUUCUGCUGAUAGCCAUGUUGGAGUAUUGCAGUGUGAGCCUCCGUUUCUAGGUGACUUCAUGCAGAACAUGAAUACACAUAAAUGGGAGGAACAGAACUGCACCAUGAUGAACAACACAUUCGGUAAUGUUGACUAUCCCUUACCAGUGGAUAAUAAUAUGGUUUUUAGAGAUAACAACGCGACCAGAAGCAAAGGUGUGGAUGAUUCACUGAUGAUGAGUCCAAUAGAGGACAGUGCAACAACUCUCAACAGUAGAGAGUGUGUGGGAAACGUUACGAUGAUGGAUCCAGAGAUGAGGUCGUCGACGAAGCUAGAGAAUGAUCUUGUUGACAACCAGAACGAUGUGUUCGAUGAUAUAAUGAAUGAGAUGUUGAAACAGGAUGAGAAUAAUGGAAUGGUGUCAGUGGCUGCUAGGUUUGGGCUUUGAUUCGUUUCCUCCGCCUUGGUUCCUGGUCUGUUCUAUGGGUUGCAUCAUUUUUUCUUCUAUUGUUGGAUACCAAUCAUUGUUGUUAUGGUUUCUUUUCCCCCACAUUGUUUCCUCUAAUUAAACCACACUGCACCAAACAGUUUCAUACUCUCUUUUGUCUAUUGGAGUUUUAUUCCUAGAAACGUAACAAGUAAAAUAUUUAAAACUUGUUUUUUUUAACACAUUGAAACUUGCUUCUAUUGACGAAAAUAGCGGUUGAUCUUGAAAGCCAUUAAACCGUAUUAUACGAACACCCUUAUUUAAAAUUUGAGAAACUGUUGGAAUAAAAUUUACCCACUCUAGAUUAUUGGUAUCGUAGCUCAUUUACAAAAUUUGGACCUAAUUAAUUUCGCUUUAGUGACACUUAUUAUUUAUAAACCUAUUAAUUUUUUUACUUUUUCUGUUUUCAAAAUUUUUUCUAAGUUUUUUUUUUGUAAAUAAUUUUUUUUUCUAAGUUGGUUAAGACUGUUUUAGAUUUUAGUUAUUGCAUUUCAUUUUAAAGUAAAGAAUAAUUUACAAUGUCAAAAUAUAAAUACAAGAAAAAAAUUAACAUUUAAUUAAUUUAAAAUAACAAAAUCAUAUUUAUUGCCUUUAAUAUAUAUUUCAACACAAAAUCAAUUGUUUAUUAAAAAGGAUAAAGUAUAUACUUAUGUAUAAGAAAUUUUAGUGUAAUUAUUGACAAUCAAGAUGAUUAAUGCCCUGAUUUUUCUCCAAGAAUAAUCCUAAAUUUCAUUUAAAGAUUUGAAAAUUUAAUUAAUUGCAGUAUUAUGAAAAUUAAACCAACAAGGAGCGGGCGUUGAGAUUUGGAUCGGGUAUUUCAGAUAUUUGAAUAUUUUGGUACUAGAUGAUAGAUCUGCACCCUGUGCGGACUAAUAUAUAUAUACCAAACAAAUUUUAGUUCUAUUAUUUAUUUUUUGAAAAAAUUACAUUUAUUAAAUUAGAUAUACUUUAAAUUAUAAAUUAUAUAACUUCAAUAUCCAUAUUGAUCAUCAAUGUAUUAAAUAUAUACUUUUUAAUAUUAUUUUUUUUGGGGAUGUUUAUUUUAGAUUAAAACGGCUACACUUCAAUAAGUCACGAAAUGAGAUUAUUAAUAUUACGGAGCCCAUUCAGACGAUUGUGGUGAUGACAUGUGGCUACAAAAAUAUGUUGUAAUGCUUCUCUUUUAAUAUAUAUGGGAUAAGAAAUUUUAGUGUAAUUAUUGACAAUCAAGAUGAUUAAUACCCUGAUUUUUCUCCAAGAAUAAUCCUAAAUUUCAUUUAAAGAUUUGACAAUUAAAUUAAUUGCAUUAUUAUGAAAAUAAAACCAACAAGGAGCGGGCGUUGGGAUUUGGAUCGGGUAUUUCGGAUAUUUGAAUAUUUUGGUACUAGAUGAUAGACCCGCACUUUAUGCGGACAAAUAUAUAUACCUAACAAAUUUUAGUUUUAUUCUUUAUUUUUUGAAAAAAUUCCAUUUAUUAAAUUAUAUAUACUUUAAAUUAUAAAUUAUAUAACUUCAAUAUCCAUAUGGGUCAUCAAUGUAUUAAAUAUAUACUUUUUAAUAUAUUUUUAUUUUUGGGAUGUUUAUUUUAGAUUAAAAUCUUUUUAUACUAAUAAUCAAAUUAGAAAACUUGAAUUUUUAAUAAAGCCCUUAUUAUACUUUUGGACUGAAAAGAAUUCCAGUGAUACUAAAAUCAUUAUAAACAGUUGUAAUUCAUAAAUUAUCAACAAAUAACAAAAGUGAAUAAACAUCAUAUAGUAUCAAAAAUUUAAAAUUUUAAAACCGUGAGAAAAAAACAAAAACAAUAAAUUGGAAAACAUUACCUUUGUAUUUUCUUAGAUUAUACAUAUAUUAUGUUUUGUUAUUUGUCGAUUUAUUUUUAGUGAAAUUGCACUCUCUACACUAAGCAUUAGACGUAAUUAAGUAAAUACCAUUAUAGACUGUUGAGAACUAUUCUGCAAAUUAUAAAAACAAUUAUGCACCAAUCAAAUCAAUUAUUGAUGUACGCUCUAAAAGAUUAUGCAAUCCGUAGGUGAAGAUAUUUUAAGAUUUGCGUAUUCUUAUCAAUACAAAAUCUACGAAAUACACCCUAGAGAUCCUAGAGGACUAUAACGAUAUUUAUCUCUGACAUUUGCAAAAGGGUAGAUAUGUAUAUUUACUUCACCACGAUUCACUAUUAGGCCUAAUUAAUUUUGUUCAUGACAUAUAUCUAAUUUGUACAUUCUUUUUGUAUUUUGGCCCAAUUGACUUUUAUUUUUAUGUUAUUUAAUAUUUUAUCCUAGUUUUUCAUGCUUCCAUAUUUUAAUAUUUUAAAUUAAUUUUAAUAUAUAUUCUUUACUAUUUUGGUUUAAUGUAUAUUACUUUGAAUAUUUCUGAUAUUUUGGAUUAAAAACUAAUUUGAUGUUUGUCAUGUUUAAAUAUAAAUUAAUUUAUAAUAAUAUGAUUAUUUAUAUUCAAAAUAUAUAAAUUAUUUAGCAUAAGUAUUAAAUUAAUAUUCUACAACAUAUAUUUCAAUGAUGCUUUAAAUUUAAUAUUAAAUUCAAUAUUGAAAUAAUCUGUAUUUAGAUCAAUAUUUCUAAUAAGAAUCAGAAAAUCUGACUAUAAUAUUAACCAUUAAAAUCAUAAAUUAAAUAUAAGAUAAGCCUAAUUAUAAUAUUAAUAUGAUAAUAAUCUGAAUUUAGAUCAAUAUUUCCAAUAAGAAAUACAAAAUGUGGCUAUAAUAUUAGCCAUUAAAAUCAUAAACUAAAUAUAAGAUAAAUAUAAUUAUAACAUUAUCAGUCAAAUUUGAUAAUAUAUUUUGUUAGUAUAUAUUUAUUAAUUAAUAACCUCAAAUAUUAUGAUAAUAAAACAUGAUUAUAAUAUUAACCAUUAAAAUCAUAAACUAAAUAUAAGUUAAACUUAAUUAUGAUAUUAUCAGUAAAUUUCAUUAAUACCUAUUGUUAGUUUAUUUAUUUAAUUAAUAACCCCAAAUAUCAUGUUAAAUAUGUAUUUAUACUUAAAUUAUAUUUUUAAUAAUAGUAUAUUUAUAUAUAUAAAUAUAUAUAUAUAUAUAGAUCAGUAGAAUUUGUCAAUAUUUUUUAUUAAUUAGUUAUCUUAAAUAUUAUGAUUCAUAGAUAUAUGUUAAAAUAACUUUAUAAUAUAAUUUAAUUAGGAUAAUAUGUAUAUUAGAAGUAUAGUGUAUAUACUAGUUUAAUGCUUAUGCUUGUGUAACUUCGUUUUACGGUCACUGUAUAUACCUAACAAAAUUCACAAUCAAAUCAUAUAAAACGUAAGGUACAAAACGUCAUUGCAUGUGUAAUUGAAAAAAUGAUGUAAAAUGUAAAUAAAACUAAAUUAUUUAUUUUUACAUUUUACUCCGCACAAGGUAUUGCAUGUAUACUACUACCUAGUGUUUCUAGUAAAUCUUCAUCGUUCAGUAAACGUUACAUGAUGGUAACUAUAUGAGAUAUAUAUGAAUAUAAUGUAAAUAUAUUAUUUCCUUAUUGUAGAGAUAGAUAUGAGUAUACUGUAAAUAUAUACUUUUCUAUCUACUCUAUAUGGUAUCAGAGCAUAUGGUAUCAGAACGUACCUCUACAAUAAGGAAGUAUAUAUUUACAGUAUAUUCAUAUUUAUCUCCUAUAGUGACAUCAUCAUGAAAAGUGUGGAGUGGACUAUAUAUAUAUGUAUAGCACACAAGUUCCCAUUAAUAUUAGUUAUCAAUCAAGUUUAAGUUAAAAAGAGAUAGAAGCAUGAAACUCAACUUCAAAAAAAUGAUGUAUGUAAAAGUUCUGAUGAUGGUAAUAGCGAUAUGGUUCGUACCCAUGACCUACAGUAAUGGAGCCGAAGCACCCGCUGGUGAUGUAGCCGAGGCACCCGGAGCCGACGCAUUCAACAAUGAUUGGUAUGACGCACGAUCCACAUUUUACGGUGACAUCCAUGGUGGAGACACUCUAAAGAAGAAGGAAGAAGAAAAGAUGACGACGCAGAAUAAAGAGAUGGAAGUGGUGAAGGAUCUCGACUUGGAGAGAUACAUGGGCCGUUGGUACGAGAUUGCUUCUUUCCCUUCCAUUUUUCAGCCCAAGAACGGUAUUGACACUCGCGCCACCUACACCCUCAACCCUGACGGCACGGUUGAUGUCUUGAACGAGACGUGGAACAGUGGCAAGAGAGUUUUCAUCCAAGGCUCAGCAUACAAGACUGAUC